AUGAAACGAGACAGCUUCUCCUCCUUCAGCUCCUCUUUGGAUCAAUUGAGUAUAUUGUCCUCCAAUUCCACCACGCGAGAACGAUCGCGAUCGCCAUCGCCUCCUCCUUCCUCACCUGGUGAUCCUGUCUUGUUCUUUGCGUACGGACCCAUUGCCAACGAAAUCGUGAGGAAGCGACGUAACAUUCGUACCACCAGUCUGCAACCUGCCUUUUUAGACGGAUAUCGAUUGUCCUUUGACUUUGGAGGCAUUGCCAAUGUGGUGCGUCAACGAGGCUGGAAGGUGCAUGGCGUGUUGAUGACGCUGGCAUCCUUGCGAGAUCUCAAGAAGAUGCAAUCCUAUGACAUUCGAAGACAGGUCACACAACGACUCGUCUUUCACUAUCCAAAGAAUGGAUUUGUGGUGGAUGAAGAUGCCGUAGACGAAGAAGAAAAGGAAGAACUAGAGUCUGCCAUGGCGUAUUUCAUUGAAUACCCAGAAGAUGUGGAAGAUUCAUUAGUCAUGCAACAGAAUAGUGAUAAUCCCGCAGCUGAGAGAUUGCCACAAGAGAGCUAUCUCAAGCUCAUUGCCGAUGGAAUGCAGCAGAACGGAAUAUGCUACGAGUACAUUGAUGAUGCCAUUUUCAACGUUCCGUACAUUCCUGACCGGGAUGUCUCGGAUUACCAAACCUUCCAACGGGCUCCAAAAGUGGCCAAGAUUUCAUUCUUGACCUAUCAAAACUUGUGUGCCAAGGCCAAUGGCGAGAUUUACUUUGUUCUCGGCACUUCCGUCUUCCUGUUGGGCUCUCACGAUCCCAACAAUCCAUUGGCCAAAUGGCUCGAGGAACAUGGUCAUGGAAAGGACGAUGUUACCUUUUUUGUUCAAAUUAUUCUCAUGAAUACAUCCUUGGACUUUUGCAAGAGACGGUCCGAGGUGACACCAAGUCACAUCGCCUGGGCCGAAAAUCAAUUGGUGGAAACCAUUCAACAGCAUGGACUCGAGGCUCAAAAGGUCUUUGAAUUCAUUGAGAACGAUGAAGAAUCCGAAGAUGGUCCUUCCAAAUUCUUCACCGUCGACAAGGAAUAUAUUGUAAGACCCUCUGCUUUGGAGGAUGGUGGACACUGUUCGGAAGAUACCAUGGCCACCGCCAAUAGUACCAGUCUUGGUAUGGAUGGUUUUGCCACAAAUGUCAUCAGCAGCCCCACUGGAACCAAGAAACGCUUCAAGGUUCCAGUCUUUUUCAAGCGCAUGGUCAAGGUGAAUAACCGACGAUGA